CGCGCCCCAAUGAAUCUGCUGUGCUGCUGUUGUUGCAGUAACAUGGCACCAAACCAGCGCGUCACACGCAAAUGGGAACUGUUUGCCGGACGCAAUAAAUUCUACUGCGAUGGAUUGCUAAUGUCCGCACCGCACACAGGCGUCUUCUACUUGACGUGCAUCCUGAUUACCGGCACCAGUGCGCUCUUCUUUGCCUUCGACUGUCCAUUUCUGGCAGAGCGCAUCAAUCCGGUGAUACCCAUUGUGGGAGCGGUUCUUUACUUCUUCACGAUGAGCUCCUUGCUGCGCACAACCUUCACGGAUCCGGGCGUCAUACCGCGAGCCUCCAAUGAUGAGGCAGCCUAUAUCGAAAAGCAAAUUGAAGUGCCAAACUCACUGAACAGCCCCACAUAUCGACCGCCGCCAAGGACCAAGGAGGUCCUGGUCAAGGGCCAGACGGUCAAGCUGAAAUACUGUUUCACCUGCAAGAUCUUCCGGCCGCCAAGGGCCUCGCACUGCAGCCUGUGCGAUAACUGUGUGGACCGCUUCGAUCACCAUUGUCCCUGGGUGGGAAACUGCGUGGGCAAGCGAAAUUAUCGGUUCUUUUAUUUGUUUCUAGUCUCAUUGGCAUUUUUAGCUGUAUUUAUAUUCUCGUGCUCUGUGACGCAUUUAGUUUUAUUGAUGAAAACCGAGCAGGAGGUCUUCGAAGUAAUCAAGAAGGCGCCCUUCACUGUGAUUGUUGUGUUCAUUUGCUUCUUUUCGAUAUGGUCCGUGAUCGGCCUGGCCGGCUUCCAUACCUAUCUGACGACAAGCGAUCAGACAACCAAUGAGGAUCUCAAGGGAUCCUUCUCCUCCAAAGGCGGGCCUCGCACCCAGAACCCCUACUCCCGGGGCAACAUCUGCCUGAACUGCUGUCACAUUCUGUGCGGACCCAUGACGCCCUCGCUGAUAGACAGACGCGGCAUUGCCACCGAUGAGUUCAUUCAGCAAAUGCAGCAUCAGUCGAGUCCGCGGCAUGCCCUAAGCGAUGUGCUGAGUGCCUCGCACAUGGUCACCACCUCGCAACCCAUGAUGGGCGGCGGUAUCGGUGGUGCCGGCGGUGGGAUCAGCAUUGGAGGGGCAGAGCUAAAGCCACGCUUCUAUGACGAGUCCAAUCCCUCCUCCUCGACACUGGAGGGUAAUGGAGCAGCAGCAACAGCAGCAGCAGGCGCAAUCAAUGGCCAUGGGAACGGUCACGGGCUUGGGCAUGGAAACGGAUUCGAUCAUCCGCCGCCCAGCUACGACCUGGUUCAGAACGGUAAUUCCAAUAGUCUAGCUCAGCUGGUGGACAAUGAGAUUCCUUUGGCCCAGAUGGACAUGCCGGCUUACACUCACCAGACAGCCACACAGUCGCGGCAGUACCGUCAUCGGCAUCACAAGCAGCGCCAGAUCUCGAAUGGCGGCACCGUGAGCUAUGAGAAUCAACUGGCCACCGCCAGCAGCGAGGAUGAACUGGACGAUCCGGAUGUGGUGGUGGUGGGCAGCCCCGAAGUUGUGGCCGCCGUGGCAGCCAUUGCCUCCAACAAAGCGCGGGAUCUGCGCAAUCGCAGCGGCAGCUAUAGCAACCUUUUUGAUGCGGACUUUGAGGCUGCCCUGGUCAACUCCACGCUGGUGGACAACCAUGUGCGUGGUGGGGAACCAAGUGCUACGGUUUCUGGGAAACCCUCGGCUGGUGCUGCCCUCUUGGCGGCCGCCAUGUCGGGCAAAGCCACGGAGAAUAUGUACAGCAAUGUGCCUCCAGGGGGGGUCAGCAAUGCUCCUCAAGAUGCCACACUCCAUGUGUACUCCAACAUUAUCGAUGAACGCAAGCAACAACAACAGCAGCAGCAGCAGAGAGAUCAGGUUAAUAAUGUCUUGUCUUCCACACUCUUGUGCGACGAUCUUGACCUGGACGAUCCUGUAAGUGCCGCCUCCUUUGUGGCCAGCCACUCCCAGCGAAAGUCCGCAGGCGAUGGAGCCGAGCAGGUGAAGUCGGCAGAGCGACUGAGGAUGCUGCAUGACACCACCAUGAUAGACACGGCCCUGGAUCUGGACAGCCUGGAUGGUUCCAGCAUGGGCAACAGCUCGCAAUCCUGCCUGGUGAAGUCGUCGGGCAAACCGAGUGCUGCCUCCUCCAACAAUCCCAUAGUCUGAGCGGCCCUGAUACCCAUUGUCCUUGUACAUAAGUGUAGAUAUUCGAUUGCCAGGCGAAGAGUAUUAUUAUUUUUUUUACCUAAACAACCUGUACUUUAUUUACCUAAUUACCCAACAAGUGUGAUGUGGUGGUUCAGGGGGGGCGGUAGAGAGAAAGGAGAACCUAUCAGCAGGCAGAUAAAAUAUUACCUUAACGCGUUACGCAUUCAAAAAGAAACAGAUAGAUAUCUAUGCAUAUAUGUAGAUGAUAAUAACUGAAGCAUUUACGGAUAUAUGUAUACAUAUGUAUGAUACAAAACGUGGUGAACAAUGAUGUUAACAAUUCAAUGGCAUUAAAACGAAGGACGAAAUAAAGCAAAGGGAAACCAAUACUAAGGAGAGACAUAAUACGCAUAUACAAUGUAUGGUUAGUUAUAGUGUAUAAUUUUUGUAUUUAAGUUUUUACAAGCAGCAACAGUUCAGAGUUUAAAAUAAAAAAUUUGCGAAAGGAAAUCGAAGAAACAAACGAAAGCCAACUAGAAAUAUCCUGCAAUAUAUGUACGUGAAGUUGAAAUUGGAAGAAAACGAAGAUGAAAUAAGGACGAGAAAUGUUAAAAAGCAACAAUGUGGUGUAUUAAAUGUUCAUAAAAUUAAAGUUAAGUGUAUUUUCAAGGUGUAAAAUGUUAUAUGACAUCAAUUAAAAAACGAGUUCGAGAUUUGGACAAGCCUCCACUGCAUGAAAGGGCAAAAUGUUAAGCGUAUGUUAUGCGAAACUAACAAAAACUGCAAUUAUACAAAGAAUAAAGAUUUAUAAAUAGAGAAAAA